GUAUUAAUAGGAUUGAGGGGAGUGAAUUAGUCUCUGGAAGCUCUAUUCACAUGUUUGGUCUCAGUCAGGUGGUAAAGCCUCUCGGAAAGACAUGAAGGACCCACAACUCCCAGUAAUCAAAACACGGUUAUGGCCAAAGCCAAAAACAAGCAAAAAAGAUGACUCAACGAAGGAGGAAAGGUCAGCAUUUCCUCUGCCCUCUGCUGCCACCAGGGCCAUUCCACAGGUCACUGAGGCGGAAAGGGUCAGGCAGACUCCUAUCGAAAGGGUCAUCUACGACAUGGCCCACAAUGAGAGGAUAGUAAGCGACCUGAUGCUCGGUCGACGGAUUGGAUUUUACGAGCUACGCGGAGAGGUUGGCCAAGGAAACUUUUCUACAGUGAAGCUAGGCAUCCACGCAUUAACUAAAGAAAGAGUUGCCGUAAAAAUUGUUGACAAGUUGCGUCAGGAUAAGAGGAGCCAACCUUUAGCCUCCUCUGAGAUCAGCUGCAUGGAGAAACUGAGCCACCCCAAUAUAGUCCGCCUUUACGAGGUGAUCGAGACCACCAGAAGGCUGUAUCUGGUUAUGGAGUAUGGCAGUGGUGGGGAUCUUUUCUCCAGAAUCACCACCAGGGGGAAGCUUAACGACCUGGAAGCAAAGCUGGUUUUUGCUCAGAUAAUCUCUGCUGUUAAACACAUGCAUGACAACAGCAUUGUGCACAGAGACCUUAAAGCUGAGAACAUCUUCUACACCACCAGUUAUUGCAUCAGGGUUGGGGAUUUUGGUUUCAGCACAGGAUGUGGCCCUAAUGAGCUUCUCACCAGUUUCUGUGGCUCUCCACCUUAUGCUGCACCUGAACUUUUCAGGCAAAAAGGUUACAUCGGACGCUAUUCUGACAUUUGGGCUUUAGGUAUUCUCUUGUACUUCAUGGUGACGGCGACUUUACCUUUUUACGGAGAAAACCUUGGGAGGCUGAAGCGAUGCAUCCUGCAGGGGUCUUACAGCAUCCCUUCGUUUGUGCCCGAUCCCUGUCAGCUCGUCAUUAAGGGUAUGCUGCGGAUUGUGCCUGCUGACCGCUCCUCCAUCACCCAGAUUACAAACAGCACAUGGCUCAAGGGGAUAGAGUAUCCUCGCCCAUAUGAGUUAUUACCAAUGUCUCCUGCCCACUUUACCCAAGCCAAUCAGACUCUGAGUAUAGAGGAGCAAGAGGUGAAGAAUUUCCUGUCCGCUUUAGGUGUUUCAAAGAUUCAUCUGGAGAACAACCCAUGUUUAGACUGUAGGAGCCCGCUGACAGGGACCUACAGGAUCCUCCUCCAUCGGGCUCAGAAGAGGAGACUAGUGGAGGCUGUUGGAUAUUCAGCGCAUCAUCCUGAUGAGUAUGGUAGUCCUAACAAGUGGUCAGAAACAUCUUUUGGCAAACAUGUUCCCUCUGCUGUCUGUGUGAUAUUUUAA